AUGUUGAGAAGUGUUCUAAGAACCACUGUGGCUAACAGCCCUGCAUGUGGCUCUAUUCGUUAUAGUUCCUCAUCAACUAGUGCUAUGGCCUACAAACAACUACAUAGACACGCAAAGAGACCUCCAUUGCCAACCGUGGAGACUCCUGCUUGGGACGCCAACACUGCUGUCUCCUCCAUUCUAUAUGAUACACCAACUCCAUCAAAACAGCCUAAACAUCAACAUGUAUUGAAUUGUCUGGUACAGAAUGAACCUGGUGUGUUAUCUCGUAUCUCGGGAACACUGGCUGCUAGAGGCUUCAAUAUCGAUUCUUUAGUGGUAUGUAACACUGAAGUUAAGGAUUUAAGUAGAAUGACUAUCGUUUUACAAGGUCAAGAUAGUAUCAUUGAACAAGCUAGAAGACAGAUCGAAGAUCUAGUGCCUGUUUAUGCCGUAUUGAACUAUACUAACUCCCAAAUGGUGAAACGUGAAUUGGUUCUUGCUAGAAUAUCAUUAUUAGGUUCUGAAUAUUUCCAAGAUUUGUUAUUGAAUCAUCAUCAUGAUGAAACAAAUGCAGGUUUAAUCUCUAAGAUUAGAAAAGAAAAAUACCAUCCUUCGAACUUAUUACCAAGUGAAGUCCACAGAUUAAAACAUCAACAUUUGAAUGAUAUUACCAACUUAGCUAAGAAUUUCGGUGGUAAAAUCGUAGAUAUCUCAGAGACCAAUUGUAUUGUUGAAUUGGCUGCUAAACCUACUCGUGUAUCUGCAUUUAUUAAGUUGUUGGAACCAUUCGGUGUCCUAGAAUGUACAAGAAGUGGUAUGAUGGCUUUACCAAGAACUCCAUUGAAGACUUCUCAUGAAGAAGCUGAAGAAGAUAGUGAUAGUUUAAUUAGUGAAAUCGUUGAUAUCUCUCAAUUACCACCUGGUUAA